AGAUGACGCUCCAAGAUGGUGACGGCGCGUCGGAGGGACCUCGGCGCCCGGCUCAGCAGACAACGCAAAGAUGGCGGCGAUGCAGGACGGCGAGUUCGCCGCCCUGCAGAGCCUGCUGAAGGCGCAGUCGAGGGACGCCGUGCGGCAGCUGUGCCAGGACUGUUUUUCCAGCCCGCCCACUGGUCUCGGCCAGCUGGCGCAGCGCGUCUGUCCCGGCCUUGCCGCCGACCUCGAGGAAGCGGAGCAGCUGGUAUCUGCUUUGCACAGGCUCACCAGGCACGUUGUGUACCACGGCUUGAGAAGGGCAGAAGAUAUCCUCUCUCUCUUUCCAGAAAACUUCCACCAAAAUCUUAAAAACCUUUUGACUAAGAUAAUCUUGGACAAUAUCUCUGGUUGGAGGAAUGAAGCACAAGCAAGUCAGAUCUCCUUGCCUCAGCUGGUCGACAUGGACUGGAGGGUGGACAUCAAGACAUCUUCAGACAGCAUCAGCAAAAUGGCAAUCCCAACUUGCCUGCUUCAGUUACAGAUUCAGGAAGAUGAUGCCAUAUGUGGAAACGGUCCUGUUGUUUCUGCACUGACUGUGGAACUGAGCAAAGAAACCCUAGACACUAUGUUAGAAGGUCUAGGAAGGAUCCGGGACCAACUUUCUGCUGUUGCAAACAAAUGAAUACUGAAGGGCAUGAAUUCCAGCAGCAAGGAAAGGAAGUACUCUUCUACCUACAGUUGCAGUCUAGUGAAACAUGUAUUUCUGUUUUCACAGAGCAAAAUUAAAGAGAUUUAUUUAGUUAAUAGCAUAGCUUUUGAAAAGCUAACACUUAAAUGUUCCUUUGGUCUGAUGCUAAAAAGUGGUUUCCUAAUAUGUUGUUGAAUAAAUGUUGGUCUCUA